AUGAGGCCUUUAGAAGAGCUGCGGGUUGAGGAGGCUGGUGUAGACAGGAAGCGCUGUAAGGAUGUCUGGGGUCGUUGGUCGUCGGUAGGACGAGAUUUGGUCUUCAACGACAUUAAAAGCGAGGUUAUGGGAUGCCGUGAUCAGCUGAAAAGCUACCACCUGUACAUGAAUAACCACUACACCAAUGUGCAAAACACAGGAGCAUGUGGGACCAUGAGGAAGACCAGAAAAUAUUUCCCACAGCAGCUGUCAUACAUAGGCUCUGUGCUAAUCUCUGUUAACCCAUUUAAGCAGAUGCCUUAUUUCACAGAUCGAGAAAUUGACAUAUACCAAGGAGCUGCGCAGUAUGAGAAUCCUCCCCAUAUCUAUGCAUUAACAGACAACAUGUAUCGUAACAUGUUGAUUGAUAGUGAGAACCAAUGUGUCAUCAUCAGUGGUGAGAGUGGAGCAGGAAAAACUGUGGCUGCUAAGUACAUUAUGGGCUACAUAUCCAAAGUGUCCGGAGGAGGAAGCAAAGUGCAGCACGUAAAAGACAUCAUUCUCCAGUCUAAUCCUCUUCUUGAAGCAUUUGGCAAUGCGAAGACAGUCAGGAACAACAAUUCAAGUAGAUUUGGUAAAUACUUUGAAAUACAGUUUAGCCGUGGAGGGGAGCCAGAUGGAGGCAAAAUCUCAAACUUUCUUUUGGAAAAAUCCCGUGUUGUUAACCAGAAUGAGAGUGAGCGCAGUUUUCAUGUAUUUUACCAGCUAAUAGAGGGAGCUUCACAAGAGCUGAGACAAAAUCUGGGCAUUAUGAAUCCCGAUUACUAUUUCUACUUAAACCAGUCGGAUACUUAUAAAGUGGAUGGCACAGAUGAUAAAAAUGACUUCUCUGAAAUGAUGAAUGCCAUGCAGGUCAUUGGUAUUUCUGGAGAACACCAGCAGAUGGUCCUACAGAUAACAGCGGGCAUCUUGCAUCUGGGAAACAUCAGCUUCCAAGAACAAGGAAACUAUGCCAUGGUGGAAUGUGCUGAUUUGCUGGCCUUCCCUGCCUACCUGCUUGGUAUAGACAGGGAUCGCCUCAAUGAUAAACUCACCAGCCGCAAGAUGGAUAGUAAAUGGGGAGGACGUUCUGAGUCUAUCACAGUGACCUUAAAUGUGGAACAAGCCACUUAUACAAGAGAUGCUCUGUCCAAGGCUCUGUAUGCCCGAAUGUUUGAUUUCUUGGUGGAAUCAAUUAAUAAAGCUAUGCAAAAACCCCAUGAAGAAUAUAGCAUUGGGGUACUGGACAUCUAUGGGUUUGAAAUAUUCCAGAAAAAUGGCUUCGAACAAUUUUGCAUCAAUUUUGUGAAUGAAAAACUGCAGCAGAUCUUCAUUGAAUUGACGUUAAAAGCUGAGCAGGAAGAAUAUGUUGCAGAAGGCAUUAAAUGGUCCCCAAUUGAAUACUUCAAUAAUAAGGUUGUGUGUGACCUCAUUGAGAACAAAUUGAAUCCUCCAGGAAUCAUGAGUGUGCUAGAUGAUGUGUGUGCAACUAUGCAUGCUACAAGUGGGGGUGCAGACCAGACCCUGUUACAAAAACUCCAAGCUGCUGUGGGGACACAUGAACACUUUAAUAACUGGAAUUCUGGCUUUGUUAUUCAUCAUUAUGCUGGAAAGGUAUCAUAUGAUAUUGAGGGUUUCUGUGAGCGAAAUCGGGAUGUUUUAUUCAUAGACCUUAUUGAUUUGAUGCAGAGCACUUUAGACUUCAAAAGAGGGAAAAUUAACAUGCCAAAACAAGCCAAUGAUCUUGUAAAUACCCUGAUGAAAUGUACACCUCAUUAUAUUCGUUGCAUCAAGCCAAAUGAGACCAAGAGGUCUAAAGACUGGGAAGAGAGCAGAGUCAAACAUCAAGUUGAAUAUCUAGGCCUAAAGGAGAACAUUCGUGUACGUCGUGCUGGUUUUGCUUACAGAAGGGUUUUCAAUAAAUUUCUUCUCAGAUACGCUAUUCUGACACAGGAAACAUGGCCCAAAUGGCGAGGAGAUGAACGGCAAGGAGUGCAGCAUCUCUUAAGGUCUGUAAAUAUGGAUGCUGAUCAGUACCAAAUGGGAAGAACCAAGGUGUUUGUAAAGAAUCCAGAAUCGCUUUUCUUACUAGAGGAAAUGAGAGAGAGAAAAUUUGAUACAUUCGCUAGAACCAUCCAGAAAGCUUGGAGACGAUACAUUGCUAAGAGAAAGUAUGAGCAAAUGAGAGAAGAAGCCUCCAACAUUUUGUAUAGCUUCAAAGAGCGCCGCAGAAAUAGCAUCAAUCGCAAUUUUGUGGGAGACUACUUGGGCAUGGAGGAUAAGCCAGAGCUUCGCCAGUUUUUGGGCAAGCGGGAAAGAAUAGAUUUUGCCGACUCCAUCAACAAAUAUGACCGGCGAUUUAAGUCCAUAAAGAGAGAUCUUAUCCUCACUCCCAAAUACCUUUACCUAAUUGGACGUGAAAAAGUCAAGAAGGGACCGGAGAAAGGACAGAUCAAAGAGGUUCUGAAGAAGAAACUGGAAAUAGAGUCUGUUAAACGCAUUUCUCUAAGCACCCACCAAGAUGAUUUCUUUAUCUUACACGAAGCCGAACUUGAUACCCUAAUGGAGUCUAUGUUCAAAACUGAAUUAAUUAGUCUGAUGUGCAAGCGGUAUGAGGAGCUAACCAAGAAUAAACUUGCCCUAAACUUCGCUGACACACUACAGCUUAAAGUAAAAAAAGAAGGCUGGGGAGGAGGUGGCACCAGAAGCAUUUCAUUUCUUAGGGGACAAGGAGACAUUUCUCAGCUAAAACCAGGAGGGAAGACCCUAGCAAUAACUAUCGGAGAUGGACUUCCCAAAAACACCAAGCCUACAAGAAAAGAAAAUAUACAAACUCGCUCAAACAGACCACCACCAAAUCGCCCAGCUCCUGCUCCUCCUGGCUCCGUUAGAAAUGGGGCUCCUCAGUUUAAUUCUGGACAUUCCAGAAACCCUACAUAUUCUCAGGCUAAGAGGCAGCCCCGAGCUCCACCUUCUUCUGCCCUCCCUCGACAAUCAGCACCUAGGAAAAGCCGUGCAACCUCUGACCACAACAUGGAGUUCCUUAAUGUACCAGACCAGGGAGUUGCUGGGGUAAAUAGGAGAAAGAGUAUCGGUCAGAGACAACCACCUGCAGUAGGCCAACCGAAAGCUCAGGCCAAGCCUGUUAACCCUCGCUGCAGAGCUAUUUACCAGUAUAUUGGACAGGAUGUUGAUGAGCUAAGCUUUAAUGUUAAUGAUGUUAUUGAAAUUUUGUUGGAAGAUGUUUCUGGCUGGUGGAAAGGAAGAUUCCAUGGAAAGGAAGGACUUUUCCCAGGAAAUUAUGUUCAGAAAAUCUGAUACUUUAUAUAAUCCUUCCCAAUAUACACAAACAUCAAGAAUAUUCAAUGCAUAAAAAUAAAAAAAACUUAUCAAUU